AUGAUGAACUGCUCCAUUCCACCGCCUGAUCUCACAGUGACGUCAUCAAUUAUGGCAAUUGUUCUCUGCUACUGUAUUGUAUUUAUUAUUGCUUUCAUCGGAAACUUCUCUAUGUUCCUCAUUCUGUGUCGGAAUCAAUGGAUCAAAAAACGUCGGGUGCAUUCGCUGCUACUUCAGAUGAACAUCGCUCAUUUGAUGGUUACAUUAUUCUAUAUGCCUAAAGAAAUCCUACAUAACUACACUAUAGCUUGGCAUGGCGGCGAUAUUGUGAGUUAUUCUGGAAAGCUUAUUGCUCUGUGUUUACCCUAG